AACUAGAAAAUAGGACAAAGUUUUGUUUGGUUAUUAAUUAUUUUUUACUUAGGGAGACGGUCACAAUUCGUUAGUGAAGGUUAUGAUCAACCAGAAGAUAUUGUGAUCUUCACAAAUCGUGAUUUAAAUCCAUCUAACUUACAUCAUGAAAACCUCUAAAGAAACUAAAAAAUCUUCUCCUAAGAAGAAAAACUUCCCAAAGAUCUUAUUGGGUUCACAGAAACUGAGAAACAAGAUCAAAGCUAAAACUCUGCUAGCAAAAACGAAACUAAUUAAAAGAAGACUGGUUUGUGAAAAAUGUAAAGAAAGAUUCCCAACAUGGUGGGAGAUCCGGGAACACUGGCAGUCGUCGGGACACAAAGAACCGGAGGAGUGUAGAUGGUGCAGAAAGAAAACGUACGCACUGCAAAGUCAUCUAUGUAAAGAACACUGGAACUUUACCUGUAUGUGCACGUAUUGUGGUCAGCUGUUCAUGUUUCAAGAGAGACUGCAAGAGCACGAGCAGCGACACACAGGGUCCGAAUACCGGUGCUACUGUUGUGGAAAACGGCAAAAAGAUCAGGACACCCUUAGGAAUCACAUCUUCAAACAUUAUGUCUACGAGAAGUACGGCUGUAACAUUUGUGAAAAAAGAUUUAAGAAGAAGAUAAACGUUGAGAAACAUUUAAAAUGGAUUCAUUUUGUAUGUCAAUACUGUGGAAAUACCUGUGAAAACGCUGACGAUCUGCGAGAUCAUCAGAAGACGCACAAUGAUUUGAAAUGUGUUCACUGCCAUAAAGUUUUCUCCCAAAAGAACCGUCUCAAGUACCACUACCAAAUGCAACACGGCCACCAAGACUUCUACAAGUGCUCUUUGUGUUUUCAGCGUUUUCCAUCCAAAUCAAGACUGCUGGACCAUUUGAAACUAAAACACAAGGGUUAUGCUAAAAUCUCCUGUGAAACUUGUGAAAUGCCUUUCCUCUACUGGUCCAAUUAUCUGCAUCAUUUUGAAACAGCCCAUGCAAAACAGCCAGACAAAUUUUUUUGUUCGUUUUGUGACUUUAGCACAAAUAUCAGACCUAAACUACAGUGGCAUGUAGAAAAAACAUCCGGAGAAGGAUUCUUCUGCAAGGUUUGUCAACUCAAACUUCAGUGCAAAACCAAAUUCGAUGAACACAUGAAAACACACGAAGGGAAGCGAGAUUACGCUUGUAAUUAUUGUGAUAAAAGCUAUGCAACAUCCGAUAUCCUUAAGCACCAUAUUAGCUUGUGGCAUCGAGAAAAAAUUGUUGGCAAAAUCAGAGGACAUCCAUGCCUUGUUCUAGGGUGUGACAAAUACUAUACUUCCAGAAACAGCUUAUCAAGACAUAUGAGAAUGAAGCACACUGAAGUGAAUUAUUCUGGGAACGUACCAGGACAGUUCUGUGCUGAAAACACCAUUGAAUGUCGUUUGCCUUUGACAUUUAAAGAUUAUGCUCGUAAACUUAAGGAAUCAGUAGUUUCCAUCCCUUUGCCAAACUCUGACCAUGCUGACCCUUCGUCAACAGACAAGACGACAGACACAGCUGUGACUGAGACCUCAUCAGUCAGUUCCUCAGGGAAAAAUACUGACCAUAAUGUUCCCUUUUCUUCUGACAAACCAACAGAAAAAUAUGGGUUUGAAGAAACAGCCGAGAGUGAGACCUCAUCAGUGAAUUCCUCAAGAAAAAACACUGACAAACCGACAGAAAAAAAUGGGUUUGAAGAAUCACCUGUGGAUAAAGCUACGGACCAAAGAGACUCACAGUCUGAUUCGAUCGAAGUAGAUGUUUAUUUUUGUAAUAUGUGCCGUAAGUUUUGGUUCGCCAAUGACAAACAGUUUAGUAAACAUAUGGCCUGUCAUAACAAGCAAAUUUGGAACGACGAGUGUACGGAGUGUGACGAAAUCCUAGAAUCACCAGAAGAUGCAGUGAGGCAUUAUGUGCAAGAACAUUUUAAAGCAGAAUUCUUGAAGUAUUAAUUACAUUCUGAUGAGGUUUUAUAAAAAAAGUAUAAUUUCUGAUAAAGGUUGUUUAGAAAAUAUUGUGCAGAACGUUAGCUUUCAAGCAAUGUAUUCAAUACGUCAUGUAAGUAGGUCUAUAUACACUGUCUUUAUCAUCACUACAGAUUAUAUAGAAUUUUAACACCGCCUUAUUCAGUAUUUACUCUCUUGCCUUUAGGUAAAAAUGCUGUGGCUCUUAACAUAUUGUUUAGAUUAAUCUUUAUUUGAUAUACCAGUGAUUAAAAGAAUUGAAUUGGAUACUAAAGUGUAGCAUCUGUAAGGACAAACUGUAGCCAAUGCAACAGAAAAAAGAACAGUUGAAUGAGCCACUCCCAGUGUUUGCUACAGUUCAGACUUCUAUUUCCUCCCUUAUUUAUAGUUAGGGUAGCCUAAAUAGUUGAUGUGAUACAAAACAUUCUGUAGAUUUUAAUUAGUUAUCCUUUCUGUUUGGUUUGGAUUACAAUUUUGUGUAUUUGACAGAAAUCAACAAUAAAAUUGUCACACUAUGUCCUUAUAUAAGACAAAUAGAAUUAAUUAUAGACCAACAGCAGUGCUGCGGUUGGCAUAAGUUCUGGCUUCCACCGCCAGGAGCGCCAUGUAGUGAAGGCGCACACGCUACGUAACUACAUGGCACUACUUGGUGAAUGCCAGAACUUAUGCUAACAGCAGCACUGCUGUCGGCCUAUAUUAAAUUCUUUUUGUCUAUGGUCCUUGACUUCAAUUCAACAAUGUUAGUUUUUUACUGGUUGCUUCUUUUAACAUGAAAAUAGAUUGUCUAUCCAUUAACCAAGCUAGAAGGAUUCUAAGGCUUGCAUUUUUGUCAUCAAAGCAUUUAAUUAAUGUAUUUCUGUGCCAAGCAUCUUAAAAUUUCAUAAGAUAAUACAAGUGUUUGGAAUUUACUUUAUUGUUUACCUUUUAACUUAGUUGUUUUUAGUAAGGUUAGCAGUUUAUUGUUUAAACAUGUGACUAAGGCAGGUGUAUGCUGAAGCCUAGAUGACGGAAUGCAUGCAAGCCAAGUUUAGCGGCGCAGGACACACUACGCUAUCACCAUAAUCCGCGAUUGUAGCUACUCCUAUGAGUCUUAUAUGGAACUUUAAAUCCUUCCCUUUUAAAAAAACGAUAGGUUUAACAUAUUUCAAGUAAAACAUUAAUACCGUACGGUAGCUAAGCAUAAAAUAAAUAUUCCAAAUUCAAUCAAAAUAUAUAUUUUUAAAUAGUUCAAACUUCCUCUACGUUUACAACAGUUAACUUACUCUUCAUAAUUUUUUAGUUAAAAAAAAAAUAGAAUAUAACUUAUAAUCAUUUAGGUUUUUAAUAAAGCUUCAUAAUUUUUGAACUACCUAUUUAAUUUUCAAGCUCUGCAAAAUAUCUUCUAAAGAAAUUGCUAAAUGUCACAUCUUGAGGGUCAAAAAUUGGAAAACCCCUCACAGAACACCAUUCUAAUAGUCUGUACAUGCAAUGCGUCUUAGUGGUUAACAAUACAAAUGAAAGAUAUUUCGUGCACCAACUCGUUAUUGCGAUCUUAGACUUGAGUUGCGUGGUGUGUAGGAUUAAUCUAUGCCUGCCCUACAAACUGACAUGCCGGACCAUGUGUGUGUCAGACACCUGCAUGUGCCUCACCUUACAUGGCGCUCAGUAUAUGCCCAGCCUUAUGGACAAUAUUGUAUGUUUUCUGUAUUUUAUAACAUUAUUUUUUUACAGUACCUACUCUAUAAGACUAUGACUUCUUGGUUAAUAGGGUCUUUAGAACUUAAUAUAAGGGAUUACUCCCCUUGGUUAUAAAUGAAAAAGUUGAUAAUACAUUUUGCUAUUACCUUUACAGGUGAUGUUUUACCAACCUUUAUUUUUUUAACUGGAUGGAAACAAAUACCCUUUAAUAUUUAUUGUAAACUAUUCUAUUUUUUACAUCGCAUAUGUAUUUAAAAUUGUUACCUUGUUGAUCAGAAAUAAGCCUUACUACAUUUCUUGAUCCAUGUUGUAUCUGUUAUAUUUGUAAAUAUAUUGUAAUUUGCGGUUGAA